AUGCCCUCGAAAAUACAAAAACUAGAGCCAGACCGGACAACGAUCGCGAUCGGUCUCGAAGGCUCGGCGAACAAACUCGGAGUCGGCAUCAUCAGACACCACCCGCGACCCGACAAAUCGAGUCCCAAGCCGCCGGCCGAGAUCCUGGCAAACAUUCGACACACGUACAUCACCCCUCCCGGCGAAGGUUUUCUGCCGCGGGACACGGCGAAGCAUCACCGGUCGUUUGUGGUGAAGCUUGUGCGGCAGGCGCUGAAGCAGAGCGGGGUGUCGAUUGCGGAUAUCGAUUGCGUUUGCUUCACGCAGGGUCCGGGCAUGGGAGCGCCGUUGCAGAGCGUUGCUAUUGCUGCGCGGACGAUCAGUCUGAUGUGGGAUAAGCCGUUGGUUGGAGUCAAUCAUUGCGUUGGACAUAUCGAGAUGGGUAGAGAAAUCACCGGCGCGACAAAUCCUGUUGUUCUAUACGUUUCGGGCGGCAACACUCAAGUAAUUGCUUACUCGCAUCAGAGAUAUCGAAUCUUCGGCGAGACACUGGACAUUGCGGUCGGAAACUGUCUCGACCGGUUUGCGAGGACUUUGCAUAUUCCUAAUGACCCCAGUCCAGGCUACAACAUCGAGCAACUAGCUAGAAAAGGCAAGCACUACGUCGAGCUUCCGUACACAGUGAAAGGCAUGGACGUCUCAAUGUCUGGAAUCCUCGCCUACAUCGACGGCGUCGCCAACGACAUUUUCGGCGGAAAACCUAAGUACACCGACGACGGCGCCGAGAUCACGCGCGAGGAUCUCUGCUUCUCUCUGCAAGAAACGAUUUUCGCGAUGCUGGUCGAGAUCACCGAGCGCGCGAUGGCGCACGUCGGCAGUCAGCAGGUGCUGAUCGUGGGAGGUGUAGGUUGCAACGAACGGUUACAGCAGAUGAUGGGCAUGAUGGCGCGCGAUCGUGGCGGGGCCGUGUACGCGACCGAUGAACGGUUUUGUAUUGACAACGGGAUAAUGAUUGCGCACGCCGGUCUACUGGCAUACGAGACGGGCUACCGCACGGAGCUCGAGGACUCUGUGUGCACGCAGCGGUUCAGGACGGACGAGGUGUUUUUAGCAUGGAGAGACGAUUAG